GCAUGCAUAAUUUACCUUCAGACUGGUCAGAAGACGCGGAAAUGGGUUUUUCAAUAGGAGAAGACUUGACAGAUACAGCAUCGAGCUUGUUAGAGGAAACGGAAAAUUUACCGGAUAAAGAGGUGGAUAGUUCUGGAAAAAUUGUAAAUAAAUCAGGUGAUCUACAUACAUCUGAUGAAUUGAGUAAUGAAUUUUUACAGGAACGUAGAGUUCAAGAAGCACAAAAAUCUAGUAUCCCAGAAUUGCUGGAAUUUAAUGAAAACAAUCCAUAUAUUAAUAGUACACGAACUGCAAUUGAAGAGGAAUCUUCAUUCUCUGAACAAGAAAUUAACACAACACCUGUUACUCAACAGAGUGAAAAUGCACAAGAAUCUACUAUAAAACUUACUGAUAGGACACCAACAGAGAAUACUAUGAAAAUUGAUAGCAGAAUCGAGGAUACAAGGAAGGAAACUGAGUUGAAAGAUCCCAUAGCUACCUCAGGUCAGCCCCAAGACACAACAUAUCUAUAUAAAGAAGAUAGUACAGUGAUGGAUAUGGAUGAUGACAAUAAUACUGAGAGUAAUAUAGGAGGGUCAAAUAAUGGGACAGAUCAUGUCAUGAAAGAAGAUGGGGAAGGUACCUGGCCAUGGAUGCCAGAUGAUAUUAAAGUCAGCAACCAAGCAGGAAGUAUUUAUUCUGUUAAAAAAGCAGUAGAGUAUUUGCAUUCUAAAUCUAUAACUCCCACAGCUUCGCAAAUGAUAGUUAAGGAAUUAAAGGUAUUGGAGUCAUUACAAGAUGGUAAAGAGAAAAGAAGGUUAAUGAAAUUUCUUAAUUAUCGUUUAAUUGGUAGACAAUAG